AUGGCUACCCCCAGUGUCCUUACCUUUGAUGCUGAGGGUCGUGCUGUUGACUUCGAGGUCUGGGUCGAUGACCUAGAGCUCUUCCUACAGUGCGAUAGGGCAGACGGACUCUCUCUGUUUGAUCUCACCUCUGGUGCCUCUCCUGCCCCGCCUGCUGAUGCUGACAGCACUGUUCGCUCACAGUGGGCCACACGCGAUGCUGCUGCCCGUCUUGCUGUGCGUCGCCACUUACCGACCGUUGAGUGUGCGCACUUUAGGCAGUACAAGAGUGCUAAGACCUUUCACGACGCUGGAGUUGCACGCUACUCUUCCCCUGCCACUGCUGCUCUUAGCCGCCUCAUACUGCCGUACCUGUUCCCUGACCUUGCUGCCUUUCCCACAGUCGCUGACCUCAUUACGCACCUUCGCACUAGUGACACUCGCUACCGCGGUGCGCUUCCUGCUGAGUUCUGUGCGAAGAACCCUCUCCCCAUGUACAUCACCCUCUACUACAUAGUCACCCGGCUCUCGGACUCCCUUGUCUGGGACCACUUCCUCUCAGUUUGCCCCACCACACUCACCGUUGACCUCCUCGAGGAGCGCCUCCUGGCAGCAGAGAAGAGCAUAGUCGCUGUAGGAGCCUCUCGUGGUGACCCUCGUACCCCCGUCUUUGAGGGGUGUUCCCCCUCCCCCCUAUUGCCCUCUGUUGCCUCUGCUGCUGCAGCCGACCUCAUUGGCUUCGAGUCGGUCGGGGCUGCGUCUGCCCCUAGCGAGAGACGCCGCACCGGCAAGGGCAAGGGGGGCAAGGGAGCUGGAGGGGCUAGCGGGGGCGGAGGAGGUGGUGGUGGAGGCAGUGGAGGGAGUGGGGGUGGUGGUGGGAGUGGUGGCGGGAAUGGAGGUGUCGGUGGCAGCAGUGGAGGCGGAGGAGGCGGCGGCGGUGGCGGUGGGAGCGGAGGAGGCGGAGGUGGCGGAGGCGGCGGCGGCAGCGGUGGAGCUGGUCGCGGCUCUGCGCAGAGGAGUGGCUCCGGUGGUGGUCCGCGCCAUCUGCAGCAGCGCACUCGUGAGACCCCGUCCCCCCAGCAGCUUCGUGAGUGGGCGGGGGUUGCUAUCUUUGAUCUUGACUAUGAUGCUAUUCUUGCUGCCAUGUAUGCUGUGUCUACUAGUGAUGAGGGUGACUGUUACUUGUGUGUUCCGCCUGACCCGGGCAUAGGGACUGCUGCUCUAGGUGCUGGUGAGGCUGCUGCUCUAGGUGCUGGUGAGGCUACUGCUCUAGGUGCUAGUGUGUGA